GAACCAGGGUCUGGCGCGGAACUCCUUGUCACCAUGAAAACAAUUAUUGCAGCCUGUUCCCAAAAUCUUAGUGGCAGCCGCGCCAGCAUCCAGUCCACCCUGCGCACCCUGCUCGCAGCACCCUGGCCCUCGCAGCGGGACAUCCGCUCCUGGCUCCAGCUCCUCUCCGUUCUGCAGUGGGUGCUCAGCUUCCUGCUGCUGGGAACCAUCAGCCUGCUGCUCCUCAUCUACCUGGUGUUCACCAGCUUCUGGCCCAUCUCCGUGCUCUACCUGGCCUGGAUCAUCUUUGACUGGGACACGCCGGAGAAAGGUGGCAGGAGGCUGCCGUGCCUGCGGCGAUGGCCCGUGUGGAGGCACUUUCGGGAUUAUUUCCCCGUGAAGCUGGUGAAGACGCACGACCUGUCCCCCAGCCACAACUACAUCAUCGGCUCCCACCCCCAUGGCAUCCUCUGCGUCGGCGCCUUCUGCAACUUCAUCACAGGCUCGACGGGCUUCGGGGAGAUGUUCCCGGGCAUCCGGCCCUUCCUCACCACCCUGGCCGGCAACUUCCGCCUGCCUGUCUUCAGGGAGUACCUGAUGAGCGGGGGCCUGUGCCCCGUGACACGUCGUGCCAUCGGGGACCUGCUGUCCAAGAACGGCACCGGCAACGCGGUGUCCCUUGUCAGCGGCGGCGCGGCCGAGUCGCUCUCCUGCCAUCCCGGCGUCACCACGCUCAUCCUGAAGAACCGCAAGGGCUUCGUCCGCAUGGCCCUGCAGCACGGGGCCCACCUCGUCCCCUCCUUCUCCUUCGGGGAGAAUGACCUCUUCCGCCAGGUGGUCUUUGAGGAGGGCAGCUGGAUGAGGAGCAUCCAGCACCGGUUCCAGAAGAUGAUGGGCUUCGCUCCCUGCAUCUUCUACGGCCGGGGCCUCACCUCUGUCCGGUCCUGGGGCUUCCUCCCCUACGCCAGACCCAUCACCACCGUGGUGGGGGAGCCGGUGAUGGUGCCCAAGAUUGAGGACCCAAGCUGCGAGAUGGUGGACAUGUACCACAAGAUGUACGUCCGCUCCCUGCUCAAGCUCUUCAACGAGAACAAGACCAAGUAUGGGCUGUCGGAGGCGGACGAGCUGCACAUCCUCUGA